GUAAACUUGUAAUUUACACAAAAAUUAUGGUGCAAAUAAAUUAACACUAAUACUAAACUUUUUUAAUUAUCGAAUGUGAUAUUGUGUAUUUAAGUAUGAAUUUUAAACCAACAGUAAUUUGAUAGAUUAUACAACAUGCUAUUUAUUUUAAGGUUGUUCAUCGUUUUCCAUUUUAAAAUUGGUCAUCUUCUACUUGGGAUUUUUGAAUUUAUUUCAUUAAAGUUAACAAGUUUGAAAUUAGUGCUAUUGCAUCCAUUUAAUCGAUUAAAACAAAAUGAAUCAUCUUCACCUACUGAUACAUUUAAAUAUGAAUUACACGUGGAAUAUGCAGUCAAUCUACUAAGGACUACUAAUGAAGAUUGCGUGAAGAAAUCUAUGGAAGUAAUAUUAUAUAUUUUAAGGAACAACAAAUUGACUAGAUUACAAGGUGAAUGUCUAUAUUAUUUGGCUGUUUGCUAUGCAAAACUGAAAGAUUACAAUAAAGCUUUAAUCUACUGCCAGUACCUGUUAGUAUUCAAUCCAAAUUGUGAAAAGACGAAGUGCUUGUUAUCGGAGAUUCAGCUACGUGCUGCAAAAGAUGUAACAGGAAAAAGCACUAGGAAAAUAUGGAACUCAACUAACAGUUUACAGAGAUCAAUUUUUACCAUGAACUAACGUUAGUUGAAGAAUCAUUGAGAACGUGGAAGUGCAAAAAAAUUGUUUUCUUCUACUUAUAGACUUAUUACUGAUCACCCAAGACCCCUGGAUAAUUUGAAUUCAAGAUUGUCAGGUCUGACAGUAGUCACGUUAAUACUCAUAGAAAUUUUAAAGAUACAAAAUAGAUAGAUUAAAAAUCAUAAAAUAUGUAGUCAGAAGUAAUUCUGCUUACAUGUAUUUUUGAUUUUAUAAAGUUUUAUUGAAUAGUCUUUUGUAA